UCGUCAAGGGAGAAUUUGUACUCAUGCAUAGGGAUGAAACAAUGCAUAAGGGAAAGCUGAAUUAUGAAUUCCAAGGUCCAUUUGAAGUUAUGGGUAUCACUUCCGAAGGACGUUACGAAUUGAGACGAGUAGGAAAAACUACAAUAACGAAAGCUGCCAAGGAACAACUUCGCGAAUGGCCGAAAGACUGGUCGCUUACGAUGGACCUGCCGGAAUUGCUUGAUGUAUUGGAAAAUGACCCAAGAGAACUUGAUUUAAAACGUAAACUAGUAGCUGUUACAGAUGCAGUUAGAAAAAAAUUUAAGCAAAUUAAAACAGAAACAGCAAAGGAUAAAUUCGAAUUGGAGAGAUUCUAUGAACCGAUCACUAAACCAUUAACAUCUAUCUCCAAUGACGUAAAACAGCAAAAACGGAACAUGCAACCAAAUGUACAAACAAAACCACGAAAGCAAAGUGUGAACACAUCGAUUGAUACAUCAGAAAUAUUUGAGGAAUCACCAUCAAUAGCAGAGAACGCAUCAUACCAAUCACUACAAUCAUCUACACCGAUAGGUGUAUCGAGAAAGGAACAACUAUUCGAGACACCGCCAUCAUCAGUUGAAUCCGCUAUAUUAUCUGAUCAUUCUAGCGGUAAAACGUCUAUAAAAUCUAUGAGAUAUCUUGAAACACUUUUGAGCGGUCUAAGUACAACACCAUCUCAAUAUGAUACCGUUUAUGGGGUUCAUUACGGUAAUAGUAGUAAAACAAAAAAGAAGACAUACAUUGGCAAUAAGGAAGUACGUUUUAUGGAUGGAAAAGUAUCAUUGUAUGAUGACCUUUCGAGAAAUAUUGCCAUAUUCGAUGGAAGCAGCGAACUUUACGAUUUGUUGUUUUUGAAAAGUCCACAGGUGUUGGAUAGAGUGGAUGAGAUGAGUCCAUCUGUACGUCAAAAUUACAGAAAUAUUUUAGAUUUAACAAAUGCCGUAUAUCAUGGCUAUGAUAAAAAACGUGGACUGACGGAAACUAGGUGGGAAAAAUAUUCGAAAAUCAUUAAACCCUUGAUGCGAAAAACGAAACUGGGUGAAGUCUAA